CCCAAGCAGAUGAUGGCUUCCCCACCUCAGACGGAGCUCCAAGCGGUAGCGCUCGCGCUCCUCGUCCUCCUCCUCGCCGGCGCGGCGCCGGCGCGCGCGCAGCAGGAGUACGAGGCCAACAAGCAGAACGCUUGCUAUGCCACCAACGCCAGCUCCGUCCUCGGCUACACCUGCAACGCUACCACCGCCUCCACUCCAGCCUGCGACUCCUACCUCAUCUUCCGCUCCUCCCCGACCUACUACAACACGCCGGUCUCCAUCUCCUACCUCCUCAACUCCUCCGUCUCCGCCACGGCCGCCGCCAACGCCGUCCCGUCGGUGUCCCCGCUCGCGCCCUCCAGCCUCGUCCUGGUCCCCGUCCCCUGCGCCUGCACGCCCGGCGGCUACUACCAGCACAACUCCUCCUAUACCAUCCAGUUCCGCGGCGAGACCUACUUCAUCAUCGCCAACAUCACCUACCAGGGCCUCACUACCUGUCAGGCGCUCAUCGCGCACAACCCGCUCCACGACAGCCGCGGCCUGGUCGCCGGGAACAACCUCACCGUGCCGCUCCGCUGCGCGUGCCCCUCGCCCGCGCAGGCCGCCAAGGGGUUCAAGUACCUGCUCUCCUACCUCAUCAUGUGGGGCGACGACGUGACCUCCAUCGCCGCCAGGUUCCGCGCCGAUCCGCAGGCCGUGCUCGACGCCAAUAGCCUCACUGCCGACGAUAUCAUAUUCCCCUUCACCACGCUGCUCAUCCCGCUCAAGACCGCGCCCACGCUGGACAUGCUCGCGUCCACGGCGCCGCCGCCGGCCCCGACCCCGCCGCAGCCCGCGCCCGCGCCGUCGGGUCGGUCGGGUAGCGGGAAGUUGGUCGGCUUUGGUGUCGGCCUCGGCUGCGGCGCGCUUGCGUUGGCAGGAAUUCUGGGCCUGCUCUUCUUACGGGCCAGGCGGCGGCAGCGGCUCCCGGUCGGGGAAAGUGUCCGCCAAGGCAGCAAGGUGGUUAUCGACGUGUCAUCGUCGGCGGAUUACGGCGCGCUGGCGUCGGGGAAGAAGAUAACUAAUACGACCACCUCUUCGAUGUCCUCCGCGGCCUGGUCGCUGGUCGCCAGCGACGUGCGCGGGGCCGUAGAGUCGCUGACGGUGUACAAGUACUCGGAGCUGGAGAAGGCCACCGCGGGGUUCGCGGAGGAGCAUCAGGUGCCGGGCACGUCGGUGUACCGGGCCGUCAUCAACGGCGACGCGGCGGCGGUGAAGCGGUUGGCCGGCGACGUGAGCGGCGAGGUCGGCAUCCUGAUGCGCGUCAACCACUCCUGCCUCGUCCGCCUCUCCGGCCUCUGCGUCCACCGCGGCGACACCUACCUCGUCUUCGAGUUUGCGGAGAACGGCGCGCUCAGCGACUGGAUCCACGGCGGCAGCGGCAGCUGCAGCGGCAGCAACACCCUCCGGUGGAGGCAGCGCGUGCAGGUGGCGUUCGAUAUCGCCGACGGGCUCAACUACCUCCACCACUACACGAACCCGCCGUGCGUGCACAAAAACCUCAAGAGCAGCAACGUCCUCCUCGACGCCGACCUCCGCGCCAAAGUGUCGGGCUUCGGGCUGGCGCGCGCGGUCACCGCGGCCCACGGCGGCGCGCAGCUCACGGGCCACGUCGUGGGCACGCAAGGGUACCUCGCUCCCGAGUACCUUGAGGACGGACUCAUCACGCCCAAGCUCGAUGUGUUCGCCUUCGGGGUCGUCCUCCUCGAGCUGUUGUCCGGGAAGGAGGCCGGGUUCGCGGAUGCCGGCACGGGCGAGGAAAUCCUGCUGUGCGAGUCCGCGGAGGAGGCGCUGGUGGCGGACGGCGGCGAGGACAUGGACCGCGCCAAGGUGCGCGCGUUCAUGGACCCGCGCCUACAUGGCGACUUCCCGAUGGACCUCGCGCUCUCCAUGGCUGCUCUGGCGCUGCGGUGCGUGGCGAUGGAGCCCCGGGCGCGACCGGCCAUGGACGAGGUGUUCAUCUCGCUCUCGGCGGUGUACAACUCGACGAUGGAUUGCGAUCCCUCGGAUUACGGCACCUCCGGAUCUUCGAUGAUCGGGCGGUAGUAACCAUCAGCGUAUAAGUUAAAAUUGCAAAGAACUUCGAGCUAUGCUAUUAGGGGCGGUGAUGGAUCUUCACAAUAAAUUUGAGUGCUUAAUUAAAUUUAGUAUAAAAAUGAAUAAAAAUAAAGUGUUCGUGUUUUGAUCGGAGUAUUCUAACCAACCAGUGAAUUUGUGCUACGUGUUCUGGUCUACAUGGGUAAUACAAGAAGACAUAAGAUU